CACACCGUUUCUGCUGCAGCUUGUUUCCUGCAGAUCUUCUGUGUGUUUUCAUACGUUUGUGUGGAGAUUUUGAACUUGGCCGUCAUGUCUUACGACCGAUAUCUGGCCAUCUGUUGUCCUCUGCAGUAUAAGACACACAUGACCAUUAAAAAGGUGGCCAUGCUUAUUGCCGUGUCGUGGUUGUUCCCGUUUCUUGCGAUCGCUGUUCUGAUUUCUCUGAGCGCUCCUCUGCAGCUGUGCGGAAACGUCAUUAACAAAAUCAUCUGCGGAAACUACGCCAUCGUCAAACUGGCGUGCUCCGAAACCAGACUCCAUAACAUUUACGGACUCAUUUACACCGCCAUCUCCAUCAUCAUCCCUCUGCUCCUGAUCCUUUACUCGUACACCAAAAUCCUGAAAGUCUGUUUUUUGGGCUCCAGACAGACGAGGCAGAAAGCCGUGAGAACCUGCACGCCUCACCUCGCCUCGCUGCUCAACUUCUCCCUCGGAGCUUGUUUUCAGGUGUUACUGAGCAGGUUUGACACGAGCGCCAUACCCCGACCGCUCGACAUUUUCCUCUCUCUGUACUUCCUCACAUGCCAGCCGCUCUUCACCCCCGUCCUCUACGGACUGAAAAUGUCCAAAAUCCGCCUCAUAUGUAAACGUCUGCUGUGUGGAGAAGUUUAG